AUGUACCAGACCCCUACAAUUAACCAACCAUUACGCGGUUAUAAUCCUUUUCCUGCUCAUCCAGUGUACGGAGAAUUUCCCGCGGACAUUUGUUGCCCAUAUUGCCAGACUAGAGUGUUUACUGUUACCACAAAGGAGGAUGGAAAUCUAACUUACUGUGCAGCCAGUUUUCUGUGUUUUAUGGGGUGAGAAAUGAGCUUUAGAUCUUUCAAAUGAAGGCAAAGCAGAAUCUGUGCUUGAAAACUUUAGACUGCACACCUCAAGUUUGUUGUUUGCUAUCUUCACCCUCCUUAACUAUCUUCAUUCAUUUGUCUAGCCUAACUCAUUAUCAUUAUUAUUUGAAUUCAUCCUUUUAAAGCACUUUAAUAUAACCUAAAGUGAUUAAAUGUAUCAAGCAUGACAUAUAGUGCCAAUUGACCUUUUCACUCCUGAUCUAAAGAUCAAUUCUCCAUUCUAUCUGCCAUACAUUUCUUACAAUUUCAACUUCAAGAAUUUGGUGUUUAAUCGAAUAGAUUCCUUCCUAAGUCUUCUUACUGACUCUGAAUAUUAUUCUUUGAUCGCUAAAGGUGUUGGUUUGGCUGCUGCCUGAUUCCUUUUUGCAUUGACUCUUGUAAAGACAUCAUUCACACAUGUCCUAACUGCAGAGCACCUGUGGGGAAAUUCAACAGGCUUUGUUGA